CAACAUCGUACCACGAUGCGCUAGCACUGCGAUCUCUUCAACGCUACAGCUAGCUCUUGUUUCGCUCGCUCACAUGAAGCUCUAUUUCUUAUGGCAGGCAUAAAUACUUGCUCUUCCCUACUUCUGCUGCCUCUGCCCUACUCCUGUUCAUCCCUUUACUACCCGCUCAUGUUUCGAAAUACAUUGCCCACGGGUGGCCGGUGCACCUGUCAAAUAUGGCGAGUAAUACAUUUUCCCACUACCUUACGGCCGUCUAUAUACCCGUACCGUACCGUCAGCCUAGUUCUGAGAGCCUUGACGGUACGGUAUACGGACCAGCCGUCGCCCGUCACUGUACCGUGGCUAUACGGCCGUAUACCGUAUACGGUACGGUGCGAAGCCCUAACUCGGAGGCUGUCCUAGCUUUGGAAAAUUCCUAGCACGAGUGACGAGCCCUUACCUAGCGCCAAAAUAAUCACGACUGCUCUUGCUCUUAAAGGCUGGCUUAUCAUAGAAUCCAAAAAUAUGGUACCCAACCUGAUUAUUUAUACACCAGCCUGGAGAUCCAUUGAAUCACACAAACGGAG